AUGUUUGGUGAAUUACUUGCAAACCUUGCUACAAACCUACAAUUGUACGACGAUGAUCGCCACAGGUACCGAAUCAGAGCUUUCAUAGAAGUCUUCAAACUUACAGAGCAAAUGGAUGCCCUUCUGGAAGUUGUUGAUUUGUCUCCCGCGCUCGAUAAGACCCGAGCACGUCUGACUCUCAUACGCAUCAUGGCGGAUUUGAGUACGCCGCCCGUGUCAUCUUCAACGGUUUGGUUUACUUCAUAUGACCUCUUGGACUUGGUGGGUAUCGUGUGUCGGCAGUAUCUCAUCUCCGGCGUUAUAUUUCGACGCUGGAAUGUGAUAAAUCGGUAUAUCUCUGUUGCAAUCGUGGGUAGACUCGGGUACAAUCUUAUUUAUCUGCUUUACCCUAUUGACCCAAUUAGGUAUCUCAUUGAGCGCCUUCACACCCAACCGCCUUUGUAUGAUGAUGUUAGCGUUCCUCGUCUCUACCACGGGGGCGAGCUACUUCCGUCAUUGAUCAGAUCCUUCAAGAGAGCUGUUCCUGGUGAUUGA